GAGACCACGCCUCUUCCGGCCCGCCGCGCUUCCUCCGCGUGUACCUUAAAAUCACUGCCGGCUGCAGCUGUUUUAACUCCGGGGAUUCGGGGCUGGCGAGGUCAGAUGGCUGCGGAGGUGUUUCCAAGUGCGAGGUGGCAGUACUGUGGAGAGCCCGACGACAGCCAGAGCGCUCUACUGGUCCAGUUCUCCAAUGGGAGGCUGCAGAAUCCAGGCAACAUGCGCUUUACCUUGUACAAGAACAACGACUCCACAAACCCCAGAAAGAGGAGUCAGCGGAUCCUGGCAGCUGAAACAGACAGACUUUCCUACGUGGGAAACAAUUUUGGUACUGGAGCUCUCAAAUGCAAUACUCUGUGCAGGCACUUUGUGGGAAUUUUGAACAAGACUUCUGGCCAGAUGGAAGUAUAUGAUGCUGAAUUGUUCAACAUGCAGCCACUGUUUUCAGAUGAAUCAGUUGAGAGUGAAUCAACACUGGAGAGUCAAGCCAAAUCGUUCAGAGAAAAGAUGGAUUCUUGCAUUGAAGCCUUUGGUACCACCAAACAGAAGCGAGCUCUGAACUCCAGGAGAAUGAACAAAGUUGGCAGCGAAUCUUUGAACCGUGCAGUGGCUAAAGCCGCAGAGAAUAUCAUUGAUACAAAGGGUGUGACUGCCCUGGUCAGUGACGCCCUCCACGAUGACUUGCAAGAUGACUCUAUCUAUCUUCCUCCCUGCCACACCGAUGCAGCCAAGCCUGAAGACGUGUAUAAGUUUGAAGACCUUCUUUCCCCUGUGGAGUAUGACGCUCUGCAGAGCCCAUCUGAAGCUUUCAGGAAUGUCACCUCAGAAGAAAUACUGAAGAUGAUUGAAGAGAACAGUCACUGCUCCUCUGUCAUAGAAGCACUGAAGUCUUUGCCAUCAAAUGAGGAGAGCCGAGACCGCCAGGCGCGGUGCAUUUGGUACCUGGACACCCUCAUCAAAUUUCGAGCACAGAAGGUGAUUAAGCGGAAAAGUGCCCUGGGACCUGGAGUCCCCCACAUCAUCAACACCAAACUACUAAAGCAAUUCACCUGCCUGACCUACAACAACGGCAGUUUGCGGAACUUAAUUUCAGACUCUAUGAAGGCAAAGGUCACCGCCUAUGUGAUCGUACUGGCCUUGCACAUCAACGACUUCCAGAUUGAUCUGACAAUGUUACAGAGGGACCUGAAGCUCAGUGAGAAAAGGAUGAUGGAGAUAGCUAAAGCCAUGAGGCUGAAGAUCUCCAAAAGAAAGGUUUCCCUGGCAGCAGGCGGGGAGGAGGAGCACAGACUGGGCACUCUGUCCAUCCCGCUGCCUCCAGCCCAGACCUUGGACCGUCAGUCAAAGCGAAGGAAAAUCACCUAGAGGCGUGCUUUCCAGACACAACAAUUUGGCCAUUCCUUCUGUUCAUUUGCAUUUUUAUUUUUAAAGAAAGAGGAUUAAAGAAGCCGCCUUGCUUUGGCAUGGGUAUGAAGCCAGACGCCAGCCCCUCAGUUGUGCUGGUCUGAAGCGGAAGCAUAAAGCAAGGCCCUGUUGGACUC